CGCUUGGGCUUUCGGUGGCCCCGCGGCAAGAAAAUGGAGCCCUUCCCCAGCCACGAUCGAAUUCAGUUACCUAGGAAUAUGAUUGAAAACAGCAUGUUUGAAGAAGAACCUGAUGUGGUUGACUUAGCUAAAGAACCUUGCUUGCAUCCACUGGAGCCUGAUGAAGUGGAGUAUGAACCGAGGAGCUCUCGGCUUCUAGUACGUGGUCUUGCAGAGCAUGAAAUAGACGAAGAUGAAGAGGAUUAUGAAUCAUCAGCCAAACUUCUUGGAAUGUCAUUUAUGAAUAGAAGCACAGGCCUGCGCAACAGCUCCACGGGCUACAGGCAGAGUUCAGGUGGAUCAUGCUCUGCCCCAUCUGUACGGACCACAGUGAUCUGUGCUGUUGUUCUGGUGAUUGCUGUUUCUGUAAUAAUGGCAAUCUAUCUUCUUCCUAAAUGUACCUUUACCAAAGAAGGGUGUCAAAAGAAAAAGCAGACAGCAGAACUAGUGUAUCCUCUUGCAACGAAUGGACAGCCCUUUCCAUGGGCAAAAGUUAGGCUUCCAAAUGCUGUUUUGCCAGUACAUUAUGACAUUGUGUUGCAGCCAAACCUAACCAAUCUCACAUUUUCAGGUUCUGUUCAGAUAACUGUGAAUGUCCUAGAAGUUACGCGGCAUAUCGUACUGCAUAGCUCAAGACUAAAUAUUACCAAGGCAACUCUUACUCCAUUGGGUUCAAGCCAGCCAAAACCAGUUGAGUUUUUGGAAUAUCCGAUGAAUGACCAGAUUGCAAUUUUGGCCCCAGAGGCUCUCCUUGUUGGACGCAACUAUACUUUAAGCAUGGAAUUUUACUCUAAUUUAUCUGACACUUAUUAUGGUUUUUAUAAAAUUGCCUACAACAGUUCAACAGAAAGGUGGCUUGCAGCAACCCAGUUUGAGCCCGUGGCAGCAAGAUCAGCUUUUCCUUGCUUUGAUGAACCAGCAUUCAAAGCCACUUUUCAAGUCAAGGUCAGGAGGGAACAACAAUAUUCUGCUCUGUCCAAUAUGCCAAAGAUAAAAACCACUCCUGUGACAGAUGGAAUAGUUCAAGAUGAGUUUUCUGAGAGCCUGAAAAUGAGCACUUACCUAGUGGCAGCCAUUGUUGGAGACUUGGCAAAUAUCAGUAAGGAAACAAACGGGACUCUGGUGUCUGUCUAUGCCGUUCCACACAAGUUAGACCAGGCUGAACAUGCCUUGGACACAGCAGUGAAGCUUCUUGAGUUUUAUCAGAAGUAUUUUGAUAUGCAAUACCAUCUCCCAAAAUUAGAUUUGGUAGCUAUUCCUGAUUUUCAGGCGGGGGCUAUGGAAAACUGGGGCUUGAUCACUUUCCGAGAAACAAUGCUCCUUCAUGAUAAUAAAACAUCUUCAGCAACGGAUAGGAACAAAAUAACAGCAGUGAUUGCUCAUGAGUUAGCACACCAGUGGUUUGGCAAUCUUGUAACUAUGGAAUGGUGGAAUGACUUGUGGCUGAACGAAGGAUUUGCCACUUUUAUGGAAUACUUUGCCAUACAGGAAAAAUUCCCAGAAUUAUAUAAUGAUGAUUUUCUAAAUCUGCGAUUUAAGACCUUGGUGAAGGAUUCCAUGAAUGCAUCUCACCCCAUCUCUCUUGCUGUCCAGUCUCAGGAAGAGAUUGAAGAAAUGUUUGAUGCAGUCUCCUAUGGCAAGGGAGCUUCUCUUUUAUUGAUGCUGAAGAACUAUCUUGGUAAGGAUGUCUUCCAAGCUGGCAUUCAGAUUUAUUUGCAUGACUACAGCUAUAAGUCCACCCGUAGUGAUGACUUAUGGGAUAGCAUGACCAAGGUCACAAAUGGAACAGUGGAUGUUAAAAAGGUUAUGAAGACAUGGACUCACCAGAAGGGAUUUCCCUUAGUGACAGUUACAACAAAAGGAAAACAGAUUUUUCUGAAGCAGCAGAGAUUUAUGCAGAAUGUGGAACUAGAAAAUCAGACCAUACAUUCGAGUUAUCUGUGGGAUAUACCUCUUUCCUACACCACCAGCAAAGGCACUUUUUUCUUCCCUUCCACCACACAUUUACUGGCCAACAAGUCAGAUAUUAUUACACUUAAUGAUACAGUGGGCUGGGUCAAGUUCAACGUCGAAUCAAACGGCUACUAUAUUGUGCAAUAUGAUGAUAACGGAUGGAAGGGUUUGAUUCAGCUGCUGAAGGAAGAUCCCGCUGCUCUGACUUCCAGUGACAGAGCCAACCUUAUCCAUAACAUUUUCAGUCUAGCAGGGGUCGGACUGGUAUCACUGGACAGGGCUUUUAAUCUGAUUGAGUAUUUAGUGAAAGAAAACAGCACUGCUCCAAUCACAGAAGCAUUGUAUCAAGUGAAUCAUAUCUACAACCUAGUUGAAAAGCGGGGACUGCAAACACUUGCUGCAAAAAUAGUGAAAAAGGUGGAAAGCAUACUUGGAGACAAGAUAAAGAAACAAACAUGGACAAACAGUGGGAGCCUCUCAGAACAAGAGCUGCAGUCAAGUCUGCUAACCUUCGCCUGUUCCCAUAACUUGGGAAAUUGCAGCAUCACAGCCGCUGAGCUGUUUAAUGAGUGGAUGACCAAUGGCACCAAAAGUCUGCCAACAGAUGUUAUGAAGAUCAUAUUCACAGCUGGAGCAAAAACUGAAAUUGGCUGGCACUUCCUUUUGAAAAUGUAUUCCUCUUUGGUUUCUGAAGAAGAAAAGCUCAAAAUCCUUGAAGCCCUAGCCAGCACAGAUGAUGUUGGAAAUCUGAUCAGGUUGAUGCAAACAAGCCUUGAAGGAAUCCAAAUUAGAUCACAGGAUCUUUCACUCAUUAUAAGAACUGUGAGCCAGACUUUGCCAGGGCACUUACUGGCCUGGGACUUUGUCAAAGAGAAUUGGAAACAACUUAUAAGGAAAUUUCACAGUGGAUCAUUCACAAUUCAGAAUAUUGUGACUUCAACAACUGGUCGGUUCUCAACAGAGGAACAUUUGCGUGAGGUGAAGUCGUUCUUUGAGUCUAAGUCGGAGGAGACCGCUCAACUCCGAUGUGUCCAAGAAGCCAUCGAGACAAUUCAGCUGAAUAUCCAAUGGAUGGACAUAAACUUGGUGAAUCUGGAGAAACUGCUGCAGUAAUGUCUUGCAGUGCCCUCAGAGCAUAUAUUGGCCACUUGGAAUGCUGCGACUCUUACUCUUUUUUUUUGCUUUUGCAAAAACCAGGGUUGGAAACAGGCAAUGCAACUUUCUUUGCACUGUGAGAGGAUUUUAGUUAGCUCAGGGUACAUCUCUUCCGAAGCUGGCUCUCUUUUGAGUGGACUGGACGUUGUUG